UUAAUAGUGUUCAAACUGGAGGACCUACAGACUUUAGUGAACGCUGAAGGCGUCGGCGAGAAUGCGAGCGAAGAGUGUUUCGCGAAGAAUUACAAUUUGUCUGACAAAUUUUGUCCCGCGUUCUACGAUGGACUGCUGUGCUGGGAUCCUACUCCGUGGAACACACUGGCCGUGCAGCAUUGCUUCAGCGAAUUUCAUGGAGUACAGUAUGAUAAUACACAGAACGCUUCGCGUCUGUGCUUGGAGGGUGAAUGGCAUAAUUAUUCCAACUACGUGAACUGCACGGAGAGGAUAGCGAACGUGUCGCCGACAGAUGUCGCCAGCCUCAUCUACCUGGUCGGGUACUCGCUGAGCCUGGCCGUCCUCUCACUUGCAGUCUUCGUCUUCUUAUACUUUAAGGAUCUCAGAUGUCUUCGUAACACAAUUCACACAAAUUUGAUGUCAACUUAUAUACUAUCUGCGUGUAGUUGGAUGUUAAACUUAGCUUUACAAAAUUGGUCGGAGGAUUCUCAGUCAGACCAGACCUCAUGUUUAAUACUAGUUAUAUGUAUGCAUUAUUUCUACCUCACGAAUUUCUUUUGGAUGCUAGUUGAAGGGCUUUAUUUGUAUAUGUUAGUUGUAGAAACAUUCACUGCUGAAAAUAUAAAACUCAAAGUCUAUACAACUAUUGGCUGGGGAGCGCCAGCCAUCUUUAUAAUUAUAUGGGUCAUAUCAAGGUGUUUCGUAACCGUGGUGCCGUCUACGGGACCUGAUGGACUGACAAUAACAGGUGAUGCGAAGAUGUGCACGUGGAUCCAUGAGCAUCAAGUGGACUGGAUCCACAAGGCGCCCGCGUUAGUUGGUCUUGCGCUCAAUUUGUUCUUUUUGAUUAGGAUUAUGUGGGUGCUGAUAACAAAACUUCGUUCUGCAAAUACGCUGGAGACGAGGCAGUACAGGAAGGCGACUAAGGCACUACUGGUGUUAAUCCCACUGCUCGGGAUAACUAACUUAUUAGUGCUCUGUGGUCCCAGCGAUGACUCGUGGUUCUCCUACGCGUUUGACUACACGAGAGCUUUGAUGCUUUCAACACAGGGAUUCACAGUAGCUUUAUUCUACUGCUUCAUGAACACUGAAGUGAGGCAUGCUAUACGAUACCACGUGGAGCGCUGGAAGACUGGGAGAACCAUCGGUGGCGGCAGACGAAGAGGAGCUUCCUAUUCCAAGGACUGGUCACCAAGAUCUAGAACCGAGAGCAUUCGGCUCACGGUGUGAAGACAGCACUUAAAUGCCACCAAGUCAUAAUCCUAUACUUACCGCCUCGACUUCACUGCACUUACGAAGAAAAGCAUUUGUAUAAGUGGAAAACGCUUGCAUGCACCUCAAAAUAAAUUGUUUUAUUACCUGCUUA